AUGAGGAAAGGCUUGCACCCCCAGUUGCAGUGGAUCUCAUAUGUGACGCCCAGCGGCAGGCUGAUCAACGUGAUGAUGACCAAGAUCCACCAGGUGGGAAAGGUCUAUCACUUCCGGGCACGCCGCCAGAUGGCUCAGAGCCUCGGCCAGAUUGCCAAGUUCAAGCGGCGCUACGGCCAGGAGGAGCCGGCCGAGGGCGAAAGCAAAUGA